AUGACUCAAGAAAAAAGGAAAAAAAACUCUAUUGACCAAGAAGAUCGAAAAAUAAAAAGAAAAAAACAAGUUCUAAAUGCACAAAAAGCUUAUAAACGAAGAAAAGAAGAAUAUACAGAAAAAAUGGAAGAAUUAAAUAAAAAAUAUGAAGAAAAAAUCAAAGAGUUGGAAGAAAUAAAAGAACAAAUACUGAAUAGACAAAAUGAUAACCAAUGUAUGAAGAAAAAAGAAUUAGGAAUGAUAUUUAACUAUUGGCAGAAGAAAGCCACUGAACAGAAAAAAGAGAAAGAAAGAAAGGAACAGGAAGAACUUAACGAACUUUUUAAAAUAUUCGAAGGAAAUAAUCAAUGGAGGGAUACUUUGAUAACAUAUAAUGAAAUACCAGACAGAGAAAAGAUCUAUGAAAUGCAGGAUUAUGAAAUUCAAGAUAAAGAAUUCCUUGGAUAUUUAGAAUAG